CCUUUUUUCGUACUGAGGAAAUAUAUUUGAAACAUUUUUUCCUUUUCCUUCUUUCCACAAAAUAAUGAAUUUUCAUUAAAAAUUUUCAAAAUUAUUAUUAUAGUUUUAAUGGAAAAGUUAUAUAGCGAAAAAAAUAUAGAACAGCAGAUUCUAUCACUUGUAUUGCGCAUGAAGGAGUAACAUUUAAAUUUAUUUUGUAUACAUAUAGUUCUAAGUGUCUUAUAAUGUAUAGGAAAUGUGCAAGUGUUUUAAAGAAAAUAUAUUUUUUUUAUAUAUUUAACAUUUUAUCGCGAACAUAGCGCUAUUCGUAUGCGGGAAUCAAUAGAUACUUGUAACUAUUAGCAACAGUGACCAAAAAUGAUACUGUCAAGAUCUAAGCCAGCCUCUUCUGAGGGGGUGAAGAGGUCAACAUCGGAAAAGAAAAUACCUAAAUUAGAGGAAUUUUUGGAGAAACGAGAUUAUACUGGAGCUCUUACACUUCUCGAGUUCAACAGCACCUCGGAGACUAGUUUAAACUUUGAACUAUGGAUGGGCUACUGUGCUUUUCACCUAGGAGAUUACAAACGUGCUGCUACAAUAUAUGAAAACUUGAGAAACAAGGAUCAAACAGCUGUGGAUUUGCUAACAAACUUAGCUUGUUGCUAUUUUUACCUUGGGAUGUACCCUGAGUCACAGAAAAUUCUGGAGGAUGCUCCAGAUAGCAAACUGAAGAACAGACUUCUCUUUCACUUAGCACAUAAAAUGGGUAAUGAAUCAAAAUUGAAUGAUUACAAUCACAUGCUACAGGAUGUCAUAGAGGAUCAACUCAGCCUGGCAUCCAAUCAUUACCUUAGAGCUCAUUACCAAGAGGCCAUUGAUGUUUAUAAAAAAAUUUUGCUGGAGAACAGAGAAUAUUUUGCAUUAAACGUAUACGUUGCUCUGUGCUACUAUAAACUGGACUAUUAUGAUGUAGCACAGGAAGUUCUUCAAGUGUAUCUGCAAAAGUAUCCUGACAGUGCAAUUGCAAUUAAUCUGAAAGCAUGCAAUCAUUUUCGAUUAUACAAUGGAACUGCUGCACAGAAUGAAAUGAAACAGUUAAUAGAUAAAAUGUCCAACUCUUUCAGUUCCAGUCAUGAUCUUAUACGUCACAAUUCAGUUGUAUUCAAAGGUGGAGAAGGUGCGCUACAAAUUUUGCCCAACUUAGUGGACGUUAUACCAGAGGCUCGACUUAAUUUAGUAAUCUAUUACUUGAAACAAGACGAUGUGCGAGAGGCAUUCGAAUUAAUCAAGGAUCUUGAACCAGCAGUACCACAGGAAUACAUUUUACAGGGGAUAGUUAACGCGGUGAUGGGGCAAGAGACUAAUUCUCGAGAUAACAUAAAAACAGCCCAACAAUGUUUCCAACUAGUGGGCUCUUCAGCGUCAGAAUGCGACACCAUACCUGGAAGACAAUGCAUGGCCUCUUCCUUCUUCCUCUAUCGCCAAUUUGAAGAAGUUCUGGUGUAUUUGCACUCGAUCAAAACUUACUUUUCUAACGAAGACAACUUCAACUUCAAUUAUGCCCAGGCACAAGCAGCAGCUGGCUACUUUAAGGAGGCAGAGGAAGCAUUCUUAACUAUACGAAAUGAAAAAUAUAAAAAUGAUUACAUUUACAUUAGUCUUCUGGCUCAUUGUUAUAUAAUGAAUAAGAAGCCUCAGUUGGCAUGGAAUUUAUACUUAAAAAUGGACACGACUACGGAGUCGUUUAAUUUACUGCAACUGAUCGCGAAUGACUGUUACAAAGUUGGUGAAUUUUGGUACGCCGCAAAGGCCUUCGACAUGUUGGAACGGAUGGAUCCUAGUCCUGAGAACUGGGAAGGAAAACGUGGCGCUUGUUGCGGUACAUUUCAGUAUAUUGUAGCUGAGAAACAGCCCAAAGAACUGUUACCUGAUGUUAUACAGCUUUUGAAAAAUACUUCUAAUUCUCAAGUGGAUCAAAUCAUCCGGGUGAUGAGAAAGUGGGGUAAAGAUAACCGUAUCAACUGUUGACAAUUAAAAACUACUGAACAAUAAAGUGGGCGUUAUCGUUAAUUGUAUCAGCCACGAGUGGCCUUAUCUGAUAGCAAACAAUUGGACAGUG